CAGUCAGUGUCACUACAUGCUAUUAAUUGUUUAUCAAUUUAUGAAAUUUUCAGAAAUAAACAAGAUUUAUAAGAAGAAUUAAUCAAAAAAAGUGCUAAGUUAAUGUACAAAGAUAUAUUCUGCACUUUUUACUUCUAUACCUCAAAUGCAUAAUAUUAUAGAUUCAGAUAGUGAAGAUGAACUUCCUCCAGGAUGGGAAGAAAAGUCCACCGAAGACGGAAAUGUCUAUUUUGUUAAUACAUGUACCAGUAAGAUUCAGUGGACUCAUCCAAGAACAGGCCACAAGAAGAUAAUCCCCAAAGAUUUACCAUUUGGAUGGACAAAAAUGAUUGAUGAGGAGGGAAAAACAAUAUUUGUUCAGAAAGAAACAGGAGAUAAGACUUUUAUUGAUCCUAGACUAGCCUUCUCUAAGGAAGAGAAGAAACAUGUUCAUGAUUUUCGCCAGAAGUAUGAUGCUUCUUCAACAGCGUUUCAGAUCCUCCAUGGAGUGGAUUUAUCUGGAAAAUAUGCACUUGUGACUGGUUCCAACCAAGGCAUUGGGUAUGAGACUGCAAAGUCUCUUGCAAGGCAUGGUUGCAAUGUGUUAUUUGCUAACAGGAACAUGGAGGCUACUCAGAAGGCGAUAGAAGAUAUUGUCAAGGAAACAAAAGCCUCUGAAGACAACUUGAAGGCUAUACAUUUAGAUCUUGCAUCACUGCAGAGUGUAAAACGUUGUGCUCUUCAAGUUAAAACUGUAUUUUCUGAUCAUCUGGACAUGCUAAUUUUAAACGCGGGAGUGUUUGGAUUGCCGUAUACUGAGACAGAAGAUGGCUUAGAGAUGUUAUUUCAAGUGAACCAUCUGGGGCAUAUGUAUCUGGCCUUGUUGUUGGAGCCCUUAUUGAGGAAAGGAAGCAGAGUCGUGUUUGUGUCGUCAGAAUCACAUAGGUUUGCAAGUUUGAAAAAUAUGUUCAAUCAGCAAAGCAUUAGCAUGAGCAAGGAUCAGUAUGGUGCGAUGAUGGCAUACAACAACUCUAAGCUAUUCAAUGUAACAACAGCCAAGGUACUAAGCGAAGAAUGGAGAAACAAGGGUAUAUGUGUGAACUCCCUCCACCCUGGCAACCUGGUGCACACAAACCUAUGCAAAUCGUGGUUCCUCAUCAGACUUCUGUCGUAUUUUGUCAGGCCUUUCACUAAAUCUUUGCAACAAGCGGCCGCGACUACUGUUUACGUAGCGACUUGUGACGACUUAGACGGCGUCACCGGGUUAUAUUUCAACAACUGUUUCUACUGCGAAGAAUCUGCCUUGGCCAAAGACCAGGACAUAGCCAACGAAGUUUUCUCCAUGUCACUCAAGCUGAUCAAGGAGAGAAUGGGCCCAGAAGGCAUUGAGAAGUAUUUUGAGAAAUAUUCAAAGAAAGAGUCAUGACGAAACAACGAUGUAUUGCCGAUAGUUCACCAAAGAAUUUGGGUAAAAUGAUAUUUGAGUGGAGCGGUUUCACAGCAUUUUUUUAAAUUAAAAAAAUAUUUUAUAUAUAGCAUAGGUAUAAGAAGACAUGCAAAAUUUGCUAUAUAUUCAAAAUAUAUUGUGUUUAAACAGUAUGUGCAAGAAAAUCGGAGACAAAGGUAUGGAAGGAAUAAAUAAUUGUCUCAUAUAUUUUAAUUUGAUAAUUUGUUUCAAUUCAUGUUUUAACUAUAACUAAUAUUAUCUUUUAUAUAUCAGAAUAGACAAGAUAUCAAUUACGGUCGUCAGCAAAAAUGUAAAUAAUAAAUUGGAACUACCUUCCGUUUUACCAAGUUUGUUUUCUAAUCAUUCCAGUGUUAAAAGUAUUAUUUUAUGAAAAUCCA